AUGAUAUUAUUGUUAUAUAUUUUCAUUGCUUCUACUCAUUAAGCAUAAUAUACAUUAACAGUUAAGAAAGGUGAUCAAUAUGAAACUCCUACAUAUCCUGCACAUUAAAAGAACUUAGAAGUUGUUCAAAUAAGAAUUAAGUUAGGUCUCACUGCAGCAACUUAUGUUGUUCCUCAUAAUGAAAAUUAAAUGAGAUGUAUGACUUCUUGGAAUAAGUUAUAUGGCUAUUCUAGAUGUCUAGGAUCACUCCAUCAUAAAGAUAGUGAUAGAUUUGUUUUUAGAAGAGCUUAAUCAUGUUUGAAAUAUAAUGAACAAGGAGUAUAUGAAAUACCAAAUUGUCAAGAAAAAGAUUUAGUGGAAAUAGCAGCAUAUGCUUAUGAUAAUAGUGUAGUUCCCUAUGAACAUCCUGAUCAACUUAUAAGAAUUUUUAAUACUAAGAUUAGAACAGAAGUUUGGUAUUAAUAUCGUUUGAUAUUUUUGGCUGAUUCAACCAUUUAUGAAUUAAUGGAUGACAAUGGAUAUACACUUGAAAAAUAAACAAUUUAACAUAGAACUUGUUAUGCAUGGAAGAAUGGAUAUAGACUCAACCUAUAUUUUGGAGGUGUUUGUGAAGCCCCAGUAGAUAUAGUAGCUGAUCAUGUUGAUUAACUAUGA